ACAUGGUGUGUUCGUUUUUACUUGAUAAUUGAGUGACGUAAAUGGAAAGUGUUGCGUGGAACAUCGUGGCAGGUCAUACCGAGCGGUUAGGUUUUAGCCGGUUGUGCCCCGCCAAGGUGACCGACCGAAGAAUCGACCUGUCACAUUCUUACGCAACGAUCAACAUUAAGGCAUUAACUAAGCUCACUUCAUUUGCAUUGCCAGCCGUCACGAUGUGGCUGCGUGUUGUUUGUCUGUUAGUGGCGGUGGCGGCAUCUGUGUGUGCGUACGACCCCGAGGAUGGUGAACUGAAGAAUGUGCUGCCAUCUGACGGCCAGUUUGAAGCGUUCUACCCGCGCAAGACGCAAGGUGUGCCAAACGGUUCGUCGCGCCCUGCGCACGGUCACGGCAGCUUCUAUAAACAUCGCAACCCGGCACUAGUGGAUGUGAAAAAUGCAGCCGCAUACGGUUUCAGAUUCGAUGUGCAACAAUAUCGGACCGGCGCAGAAAAUGCAUCCAGGGCGUGGUCCUAGCCCAGCCUGUGUGGUGUUGCUCUCCUACAGACAAUAGUUUUCCACAUUAAAGUAAUAAAUAAUAAUAAAAUCGU